CUUAAGUUGGUUUUGAAACCGAUAUACCCCUUUUUUCUUCCAGAGGAUAACUCAGAGAACGUAGCACGCAAAUUUAGAAGCCAAUAAAGAAUUAAAUAUUGUUCAUCCUGUCAUGUCCAGUAAUAGGAAUGUAGAUGAUGAAUGGGAAACAGAGCCAGAUUUUGUGAACGAUGUAACAGAGAAAGAACAAAGAUGGGGUUCCAAAACUGUUAUUGGUUCUGGCCAUCAAGCUUCCAUAGAUAUGGUAGCGUUAAAAGAAGAAGUGAAACAAGCAGAUCGUUUGGCAAAAUUAAAAAUUGCACCAAAACCAGCUUAUGGAUAUGGUGGCCAAUUCGGAAUUGAAAAAGAUCGAAUGGAUAAGUCAGCAGUAGAUUGGAAUCAUAUUGAAGUGACGGAAAAGCAUACAUCACAGAAAGAUUAUGCAAAAGGAUUCGGUGGUAAAUAUGGUGUUGAACGAGAUCGUCAAGAUAAAUCAUCUGUUGGUUGGGAUCAUAAAGAAGCCGUAGAAAAGCAUUCAUCACAAAAAGAUUAUUCUGUUGGAUUCGGCGGAAAAUUUGGUGUACAAACUGAUCGACAAGACAAGUCAGCCUUGGGUUGGGAUCAUCAUGAACAAACCAGUCAUCAUCCAUCGCAAGUGGACUAUUCUAAAGGAUUUGGUGGUAAAUUCGGUGUACAGACAGAUCGAGUGGAUUCAUCAUCAGUUGGUUGGGAUGAUGUUAAUCAGACAGAAUCGCAUCCAUCACAAAUGAAAGCUCCUAUUUUCAAACCAGACGGCGGUUUAAGUAGUAUACGUGCACGAUUCGAACAAGGAAUUAAUUCGAACAAUGUGAAAAAUUCAUCUGGUCUUACUAUUGCUCAACAACGUGUUCUUGAAGAACAAACUCAAUGGAAUGCUGAACGUAAACAACAACAACGUGAACAACAGGAAGAAGAAGAAGAACAGUCCAGAGAAAAGUCAAAAUUAUGUUAUACAGUUAAAUCGACAUCAAAUAGUUCGAUGCUUAGUGACACUUUCAAAUUAUCUACGACGACGACUACUACACAUACUACUGCUACUACUGCUACACAUACUACUGCUACUACUGCUACACAUACUACUGCUACUACUGCUAUACAUACUACUGCUACUACUAAUAAUAAUAAUAAUUGGAAUAAACAAGUUGAUUGUAAAAAUAACAUGAAAUCAUUAAAUUCACAAGGGUUUACAGUUCCUUUUGAAUCUAAUCAAUUUAAUGAUGAUAAUGAUGGUGAUGGAUAUAAUCAGUUAGAAACUAAGAGUGAACUAAAAAAUUCCAAUGAAGAUCAUGUGCAUGAUAACCCUGUCGCUAGUGAUGAUCAAGUUCCUGAAAUGUUCACAGUAAUCGCUUUGUAUGAUUAUAAAGCAGCUGAAAAUGAUGAAUUGACCUUUAAUGUUGGUGAAAUCAUUACCGAAGUUGAAAAAAUCGAUGCUGGCUGGUGGAAAGGUGUUUGUCGUAAUAAAGUUGGCCUAUUUCCUGCUAACUAUGUCCAACUAACAUAAUGAUAAUAAUAAGAAUAUUAAUCAAUAACUAAUCAAAUUUAUUAACAAUUACAUCUUAAUUGUCGACGAUUUGGUUGCUGCUCCUGCUGUUGCCGCCGCAGUCGUCUUUAUUUCUGUUGUUGUUCAAAUUCAGAUAACCGAUCAGAAAAACAAAAGAUUUUUUAAAAUUUUACUUUAGUAAACACUUAACACACAAUACAUCGAGUUGUUUUAAAAAAAGCAUCAACAUUUAUUAUUAUUAUUAUUAUUAUUAUUAUUAUUAUUAUUAUUUGGCAAUGCUCAAUGUCCAAUAAUCUCUCAAGUAAAUUUUAUAUUUUAUACAACAUUCAAUAUCAAUUGUGUAUGUUAUGUGUUUAAACUGUUUUCUCUUUUUGAAUCUCCAGUGACAAAUAUUUUUCAUUUGAUUGAAUGAUGUGAAAGAGUUUUCUUUUCUUUUUUUUAAGAAAAAAAGUUUUUUUUGUUCACUCUCUUAUGAUUUGCUCCUUUUUUUGUUUGAAGUAUAAGUUUUAUUCAGUGUUUUGUUUUUUAAGAAGAAUAUUUUGCCUACUGAUAAUAUAAAUAAGUAGUUCGCACUGUUAAGUUGGUUUUUUUCUUCCACCAAGAACUUAUGACGAAAAGUAUACCUAUUCUCGAAGUUACUUUGAGAAA